AUGUUUCAAAUUCUGUCAACAUAUUUUAAAAUAAUACAAUAUCAAAUUUGUUAUUAUUUUUUGGGAAUUUUUGCUGUUCUUGAUGAUUUAAAAAAUCGUGAUAAAAAUAAGUUUGAAAUUAUCAAGAAACGAGGAAAGGUAGCUGUUAUAACUGGAGGAGCUCGAGGUAUUGGUCUGGAAGUAGUUAAGAAACUAGUUCAAUGUGAGAUGCAUAUCGUAAUUGGAUGCCGCAAUGUGAAGACAGGUCAAAAAAUAAUCCAACAGCAUAUUUCGUCUGAUGCAUCUAUUGAAAUAUAUGAACUUGAUCUUAAAUCAUUUACUUCAGUAAAAAGUUUUGCUCAAAAAGUAUUAUCCAAUCAUGAUCAAAUUCAUAUACUUGUAAAUAAUGCUGGAGUUAUGUUUGUACCAUAUGAAAAGUGUGAAGAUGGUUAUGAAGCACAUUGGACUAUAAAUUAUUUGAGUCAUUUUUUACUAACAGAAUUAUUAUUACCAGCUCUAAAAAUGUCAGGUUCGACAAAUGAGCAUGCAAGAGUAAUAAAUGUUUCUUCUUGUGCUCAUGAAGCUUCUCCUUUAAUUAAUUUCGGCUCCAUUAGUAACAGUCAAGGUUAUAUUACAAAUGCAGCUUAUGCAAUGUCUAAACUAGCUCAACUAAUGUCAACUAAAUAUUACAACAAAACACUAGCAAAUACUAAUGUUCAAGUUUUGGCUGUGCAUCCUGGUGUAGUAAAUACAGAAUUAUUCAAUGGAACAUUGUUGAAAAUGAUAAUGCCAUGGAUAUUGAACUACAUUUGCAAAACACCAGAAGAAGGGUCACGAAGUGUUGCUUAUGCUUGUAUUUCUCCAAAAUUAGAAGGAUGUGGUGGUUACUAUGCAAAUUGUCAACCUGCAAAAUAUUUACCAUAUGCUGAUGAUAAAGACGCACAAAAACAACUUUAUGAUACUUCUAUGGUUAUGAUAAAACAUUUUUUAAAAAUAAAUGAAUAG